AUGUCCGGCCCUACUGCCGUGACCUCUUUCUCCCCAGCUCUGCACCGCCAGCUUCAGGUCGUGUCGCUUGUCUUUGCUGGGACGGCUUCUGUCUGCGUCUGGGAUGUUCUCAACAACUUGCAAGCUGAGUAUCGGAUGUUGAAAAAGUCAAAGUUUGGGCUGGCCUCCGUUGCCUAUAUCGCCUCAAGAGUAGGCUCGUUGAUAUAUUCUCUGGGCAUUCUUUUAUUUUCAACGUAUCCUUUGCAAGACUGUGCCGCAUCCCUCCACGCAUUUGAGGCCUUCUAUCCCAUCGCCACCACCGGCUCCGCCUACCUCUUCUAUGCCCGUUUACGCGCGGUCUCCGGUUUCAAUCGGGCGAUCACUUUCACUUUCGCGUUGCUCUGGCUCUGCGUGCUCGGCACGUCCCUCCUCAUUCCCAUCGUCGGAAAAGCGGCUUCCGUCAACAACGUAUGUCUCUACACGAGCUCGGACGACUAUAGCGGAGCAGCCGGUAUCACCAUCCUUGUCUACGACACUGCUGUCUUCCUCACGAUCUCCUACCAACUCGUGGGGAACUACGGUCUCGAUGUCGACCCCACCGACUCUGCUAGGGGGACAGCCUGCAGCUGGGACCGCGCUAGAUGGUUCAUCAGCGGAAAAAACCUGCCGGCGUUUUCGAAAACGCUGUUGACCGAGGGCCAGGUUUACUACAUGAUCACUGUGCUCGUCAAUGUUGUCGCAAUUGCGCUGGUCUAUGCUCCACAGGACCUCGCAUCAUGGCAUGCCGUGUCUAUCGGCGGACCAAGCUGGGGCUUGUCCGCGAAGGAAAAAACUUAA